AUGUAUGAAAAUGGGAAGUUUUUUUUAGAUGAAGUGGAAAUGAAUGAAUGUCAAUUGGUUUUAUCCAUUGGAAAUGAAUACAAGAUUCCCAAUGUAGGCUACAACCGUGAUUUAAUCUGUCGGACUUGGGGUCAGUAUAACUACGAGACUUUUGAUGGUCUUUACUAUUACUACCCUGGAAACUGCACCUACACACUUGUAAGGGAAUGCCAGCAAAGUGAGCACAGCUUUUUAAUACAGAUACACAAUGACCCAGCCUGCAAAUCGUCGUCCUAUUCUUGCCAACGAUCGGUCAGUUUAUACUUUCCCUAUGAGGGUGAAAUUCUUCUGCAAAACUACCAAGUCAUCCAUGAUGGUCAGAGUGUUCAGCUACCUUUCGAAAGAGGAAAUGUGAAGUUUGAGAAGAUAGCUGGAUACAUACUAGCCACACAGCACCGGGAAUUUUCGCUCGCAUGGGACGGCACUUCGGGGGUGUAUAUAAAGAUGACCCCAGAAUACGCUGGAAGAACAUGUGGGUUGUGUGGUAAUUUCAAUGGAGAUAUGCAAGACGACCUGUACACCAGCUAUGGUAUAUUAACAGACAAAAUUGCUAUCUUUGGAAACAGCUGGAUGGAGAACAGUCCGGGCCAGAAAUCUUGUCAUAUCACCCCCAUCAACUAUUCACCGCCUUGUUCUGAACAGAACCCCCAAAUAAUCAAGAAUCUAAGGAACAUCUGUGCAAUACUUCUUGGGGAUCCAUUCACCCGCUGCCAUCAUUAUGUCAGCCCUUAUCCAUUUGUGGCCAGCUGUUUGAAUGACCUCUGCAUGUUUGGGGCUGAUGAUGCAACGCUAUGUGGAGUGCUGACAGAGUAUGCAAGGUCCUGCGCUCAGGCUGAUCACCCACUGCAUGAAUGGAGGAAGCUCUUCAGCCACUGCGUGAUGACAUGUGAAGGUGAAUUUGUGUUCCGCGAGUGUAUUGACUGCUGUCCUGCAUCGUGCGAGCAUGAGAAGGUGUGCAUCGACAGUGAAUUCCAGUGUCUGGAUGGAUGCUACUGCCCUGAAGGUUAUAUUUAUGAAAAUGGAAGCUGUGUGAGACCCACUGAGUGCUCUUGCGUGCUCCACGGUCAGCUCUUUGCACCAGGAUCAACUGUGCAGGAGGUGUGCAACAGCUGCAUUUGCAUUGGAGGCACCUGGAAUUGCACGGAUCAUAUCUGUCCAGCGGAAUGCUCUGUGACAGGCGACAUUCACUUCAUGACGUUUGAUAAACGGGCAUACACCUUCCAGGCCACCUGUCAGUACAUCCUAGCCAAGAGCCGCCACUCUGGAAAGUUUGCCAUCAGCCUCCAGGACACUCAUUGUGGGACAAAUCUGGACGGUGCCUGUAUCCGGUCAGUGAGCCUUGUGGUCGAUGAGGAUCUCAAGCAACAGCUGACCUUGACUCAUUCAGGAGAGGUGUACCAUGGCAAUCAGUACAGGCUCAGCCUGCCUUACAGAGAUGAGUUAUUUGAAGUCACUGAGCUCUCCUCUGUGUUUGUGCAAGUCAAGACAGACUUUGGACUGCGCCUGCAGUAUGACAGAGAGGGGAGGCGCCUGUACAUCGAAGUGGAUGGGAGGUGGAAAGAAGACACCGUUGGGCUGUGUGGAACGUUCAAUGGCAAUAUUCAGGACGAUUUCCUGUCGGCGGCAGGGAUGGUUGAAAGCACACCUCAGCUCUUUGCCAAUUCCUGGCGAAUCUCCGGCGGCUGUAACCCCAGCACCAACAUUCCCGAGGUGGACCCGUGUGACAUGCACCAGCAAGCUGCCUCCUACGCUACAGAGAAGUGCAGCAUGAUGACUGGGGAGCUGUUUGCCCCGUGCCAUCAGUACCUGAGCCCAGAGCUGUACCACCAUCAGUGUAAAGCUGACACCUGUAAAUGUGGGGAGAGCUGUAUGUGCUCCUCUCUGGCCCACUAUGCUCGGCAGUGCAGGAAACACGGUGUCGUGCUGGAUUUCAGACCGCACGUCUCAGAGUGUGCCCUUCAGUGUCCAGAUACAAUGGUGUACGGCACCUGCGUAUCAUUCUGCAAUCGGAGGUGUCAGUCUCUCUCUGCACCGGAGACUUGUGCUGGGGAUUGUGCUGAAGGAUGCAGCUGCCCUGAUGGUACAUAUCACAGCAGCAGAGCUCACGCUUGUGUGAAGAAGAGCGAAUGUCCUUGUUAUUUUCUGGGUGCAGAAUACUCCCCAGGAGAAGUGACAAUUCAAUCGUCAGGAAUGUGGAUUUGUUCUGAAGGUGUCAUGCAGUCUCAGAGUGCCAGCCUUGACAUUCAGUGCCCUCCAGGACAAGUCUACUUUAACUGUAGUCACUCUCACAGUGAGACGGAGUUAAGCAGAGGACCAGAAUGUAAAAAGACGUGCGAAAAUCUGCUGUUAAACAUCACCUGUUCCGAGCCUUCCCCGUGUUUGUCAGGAUGUGUUUGUCCACCUGGCCUCGUGAGACAUGAAGAUGAAUGCUUUAAGCCAGAUGAAUGCCCCUGCCUGUGGAAGGGAAAGGAAUAUUUUCCUGGUGACCUGGUCACAUCACCCUGUCAUUCCUGUGUUUGCCAGCAGGGAACAUUCCAGUGCACGUUUCAGCCCUGCCCUUCGAUGUGUACAGCUUAUGGUGAUCGCCAUUAUAAGACUUUUGAUGGACUCCUUUAUGACUUUAUCGGUGCUUGCAAGGUUUAUCUGGUGAAGAGCCUUGGAGAUUCACACCUGUCUAUCAUUUCUGAAAACACUGACUGUUACAACGGAGCUAUUUGUAGGAAGGCUCUGUCUGUCUCUAUCGGUCGUACUUUCCUGGUGUUUGACGAUGACACUGGACAUGCUAAUCCUUCCAGUGUGAUCGACCCACGGGAGAACGUUCACGUGUGGAAAGCAGGUUCUUUCACCGUGGUGCAUUUCCCCACUGAAGAGAUCACUUUACUGUGGGACCAAGGGACCACGAUACAUGUUCAGGUUGGCCCCAGGUGGCAGGGCAAGCUAUCAGGGCUGUGUGGGAAUUUUGACUCAAAAACAGCUAAUGAAAUGAAGACGCCAGACCACAUGGAAUCACCAAACCCCCAGGAAUUUGGCAACAGCUGGACUGCGAUGGAGUGUGUGAACAGCCCAGACAUCCGCAACCCAUGCAACGUAAACCCACUCAGAGAGCCAUUCGCCAAGAAGGAAUGUGGGAUAUUAUUGAGUUCGGCCUUUGAGUUGUGCCAUCCUGUGGUUGAUGUUACCUGGUUUUAUUCCAAUUGCCUGACGGACACGUGUGCCUGCAACCGGGGAGGAGACUGCCAGUGUUUCUGCACCAGUGUGUUAGCGUAUGCCCAUCUGUGCUGCCAGCAUGGCGUUCCCAUUGACUGGAGAUCACCUACAGUCUGCCCUUAUGAUUGCGAAUAUUAUAACAAAGUGUUGGGAAAUGGUCCUUACACACUGGUCACUUACUUGGACAAAGACACAGUGGUGGCGGCCGAUUCGUCAGGUGGUGUUUUUCCAGCGACAGGAGAAUUCUCCAGUCUAGGAAUAAUGUCCCUAUUUAUGCUGACUCCAGGACUGUACUCACCUAAACUACAAGAUGGAUCUCUCGUCUCACUGGAAGCAGCUGACAGACCAAAUUAUUUCCUUCGCGCUGGGUCAGAGGGGAGCCUGCACCUCACUAAGUGGCAAAAGAACCAAACAUUUCACAGGGAGGCCACGUUCACGAUCCACAGGGACGCCUGGGUCUCAGGGUUCAAUACUUUCGAAUCAUAUGCGAAGCCAGGGUUCUUUGUCCACCAGAUGAAAACCUCACUCCAUCUCAUGAGGUACAAUCACUCAGAGGGCUUCAGGCAUUCCACGCUCUUCCGGCUGGCAGAUGCAGAUAUUCUGUCCCCAGCACAUUCCACCUGUGAGUGGCGGUACGAGACAUGCGCCAGCCCUUGUUUCCGAACCUGCCGAGACCCAACAGGCAAGACUUGUCUAACGCUACCAAAUGUUGAAGGCUGUGUACCGCGGUGUCCACACAACAUGAUGCUGGAUGAAGAUACACAAAGAUGUGUUUAUCCAGAGGACUGUAAGUUCCUUAACAGCCACAACCUCUCCUUCCACAAUGGCUGUAUCUUCAUCGACCUCAAAAGCCACAACCAUAAUCUCCCCUUCAUCCUCAGCGGUGAAGAUCAUCUCUUCUCCCACAUCUUCAGCAACCACUGCCGUAAGCUCUUCCUCAUUCUCAGGUGUGACCAUUACCACGGGGUCUCCUUCAACCUCGGGGACCACCAAAAGCUCUACCUCGACCUCAGCCUCAAUUGUAUCCUCUCACUCCACCAUCUCCACAUUCUCACCGUCAACCGUGAUGACCACAAGCUCUUCCUCAGUCUCAGGAAAGACAAUGGGAGCUUUUCCUUCUUCCAUUACCUCUCGCUCAACCGCAACCACACAAUCUCCCUCAGUCACAAGUGCAAGGUCUCUCUCUACUGUGACCACCUCUCCCUCCGCUCCGGAACUGACGGGCACCACAAUCUUCACAUCUCCAAAGGUAAUGUCACAGACAAGACCGACGACAGAGCAAGUGUUGGAAUCGGCCGCCUCUUCAGCCAAGGUAAAACGACAAGCUACCCUUUCACCACAUCACAGUCCACUGGAAAGGCAGAGCCACCAUCUAAGCUUACAACCUCAGCACCAACAUCCUAUCUUGGGGCGGCUUUAUCUACGCACGCUAUGCUGCGGUCAACCACUGAGGGAGCGACGGUGACCACUUCUGCUAGGGUCUCGGCAGAACGUAGCGAAAUGAGCUCGGCAACCACAGCACACACCGGUGGGACGGAAAGGACCACCAUCACGACCCAAACACCAGGUGGCAUAUAUCCAAUGUCAACAGCGAUGGCCAAAGAAGCAAAAGCUACAGUUGGACCUGUGGCGCCUGGGCCUGGAGUAACGGCAGUAACACCUCACACCACUCCCGCGUCAGAGAUCAUCUCCAAAACAACGGUGUCCCGAGUCACAGUCACUCCACGUCGAACAAGUGCAGCCACCCUCAGGGUUUCAUUGUCAUCACCACCGGGCACCCCAGGCACCACUGCUUCCACAAGCAUCUCCAUCACGGAGAAGGUCACACUGUCUGCCACGGCCUCUCUGUCCGGGAGGACUUUACACACAGGAGCCCCCACAAGACCAGUCACCACCAGCGCUCGUCCAGGAUGGGUGGCCACAGCAUUGGAGCCGCUAGGUAUAACAGAGCCUGCAGCCAGGGUGUCUGUGGCAACCAAACCCUCAACAGCAGCGGUGACCGAAACAUCCCGAAGCACAGGAUUGUACCUGACAACGAUCAAAACUAUUGCAAAGAUAACCACAGCGCCAGCAGCACGUAGCACUGUUACACCAAUUACUCCAGCCCCAACAUCUGGACAGCUCAUUAGCAUCACCCGACCUUUGAGUCAUGGUGGGGCUGUUUCCUCCGAAUAUUGGACCGUGUCACACAAAGAGACCCCAAGCACGUCCGUCGCUUCCAAGUGGCAGCCGUCCACUAUCAGCACCUCACCAGCCAUUCCUUCCACACCUCACGCUUUGCCUCUGCCUAAUGCCACCACAGUGACGAUCAUUGCUCCUAGCACUGUCCUAACCCCUUCGCCCACCGCAUUCACAGCUUCCAGAGCCACCCGUCCAAGUGAAACUAGUCCUGCAGCCUAUUUGAGUACGUCUAAACCUGUUGCAGGCACAACAACACACUCAACGACUCACAUGACAGCUUUGACUGUCCCUCCGACCAGUCCAUGCACGACACCCUUUCUCCAGCAACAGGACGACUGCAUUCAGCACAUUUGUGUAGACGGGCACUUAAUCCAAGUGAACAGGUCACAGAACUGCCAGUACAAUGUGACUCCACCAAGCUGUGGCUUCCUGGGAUUUGCUGUGCAGGUGAACGGUGAUAAAUGCUGUCCACAGUGGGAUUGCCCAUGCCGCUGUUCCAUUUUUGCCAACCUGCACGUGAUCACAUUUGACGGAAGCUACUUUGGUAUCUCUGGAGCAGCUUCGUAUGUUGUUGUCUCUUUGAUGAACGAAACCGUUACCGUCGAAACCAGCAAUUGUUUCUCCCAGCAACUGAUCACGGCAAACCAGUCCUUAAUGAACUCCACCUCUCUGUGUCUAACGAAGCUCAAUAUAACUCAUCGAUCAAACCAUGUCAUUGUCGACCGGGAGCUGAGAAGGCUGAUCGUUAAUUCGCGCUACGGCUACACUCCCUUCCGGAGGUUUGAUUUUGAAAUCGUAGACACCGGGAGUAUGUAUACCAUCCUCACCCCAGCUGGCGUGAGCAUCCAGUGGUUUCACAGCACAGGAAUUAUGGUCAUCGAAACUGGCACUCCUAACAAAAAGCUCACCACCGUGGGGCUGUGUGGUUACUGCGAUGGAAAUCCCACAAAUGACCUGACCUUGAAAAAUGGGACGGUCUUGAAGGAGACGGACGACCCCGUGACCUUCGUGGAUGACUGGACGGUGCCCAGCACAAGAACCGGGAUGAGAAUGAGUCGGCGGCUUGAGGUCAACUGCACGACCAGCGACUGCUCUGAGUGCUUCAGGAUGCUUCGCAACGAGACCUUCAGUGUCUGCCACUCCCAGGUUUCUCCCGAGAUGUUCUGUGAACUCUGGGUGAGGGACUCCGUCUUCGUGAGCAAUCCCUGCUCGGCUCUCGCUGCCUACGUCGCGGUCUGCAACAAGUUCAACAUUUGCAUCGAGUGGAGGAAAUCGGAUUAUUGCCCCUUCCUGUGCCCGGCCCACCUGAUGUACCAGGCAUGCGUGCCAACCUGUGAGGCCAAGACCUGCCAGAACAGGAUCUUCUUCCCCUCGGAGGAUUCGACCUGCUCCAUCCUGAGUGAGGGCUGUGUCUGCCCCCAGGGCACCAUUCUCCACCGGCCUGACUCCACCCUUUGCGUGCCCGAGGAGAAGUGCGCCUGCACUGAUAGCUGGGGGCUUCCUCGAGCCGCCGGCGAGACGUGGAGCGCGUCGCUGGACGGCUGCUGCACCUACCGGUGUCUGGAGAAUGGGACCAUCAACACGGUGGACCUGAACUGCUCGUCUGUCCCCGUCUUGGCCUGCCACCGCUUAGGGGAGGUGAUGGUCAACCUGGCCAGUGAUAGAAGCUGCUGCCCACAGAAAAUCUGCGUUUGCAAUCAGACAGUGUGUGAGCGUUUUGCUCCCCAGUGUGGAGAUGGAGAGAGGCUCGUCUCUCUCUACAAGUCAAAUUCCUGCUGCCCCGAUUACUUUUGCGAGUGUGAUCCAGACAAGUGUGAGUCAGAUAUCCCAGUUUGUCAAGAGGACCAAACUUUGAUUGCGACCCGCACCGAUGGAAGCUGCUGCCUGGCAUAUAUUUGCAUGUGUGGUUCCUGCUCGGAUGAGAUUCCCAGCUGCCAGGAGGGUGAAAUCCUCACCGUGAACGACACCACCACUGAGAAGUGCUGCCCGUCCUAUCACUGUGUUUGCGAGACCUAUCGUUGCCCGGAGUUCAAAUGCCCCCAUGGAACGAAGAUGGUCCAGUCUUGGAGACCCGACCAGUGCUGUCCACUACGUUCCUGUGAAUGUGCGUGCGAUACGCUUCUGAAACCUCAGUGCCAAGUGGGUGAGGUCUUGCAGAUGGACGAGCAGCACAGAGAGACCACAGUGGAUCAGUGUGUUUGCCCGAAGUACAAGUGUGUGAAUGACCACGUGUGCGUGGACGGAGGGAGAGGCGUGCUGCGUCCCGGACAGACCAUUGUGGAGCACAUGGCGGACAGUGUGUGCCACACCACGCAAUGCACACAUCAUCAUGACAACGUGACCGGCUUCUAUCAGCUCAUAGUCACUGCAGUCAACUGCUCGUCACAUUGUAACACGAACCAGGUUUACAUUCCCCCGACGGACCUGACAAGGUGUUGUGGAAUCUGUAAGAACAUUUCUUGCCUGUUUAAUAUGGAAAAUGGGACCACAGCCAUGUUCGAGCCCGGAGCAUCGUGGAUGUUUAAUUGUGUCAUGCACAACUGCACCGAGAUGGCUUCUGGUCCCACCUUGAUCAUCUCGCCUCUCAGCUGCCCUCCUUUCAACGAGACAGAGUGUCUGAAGAUUGGAGGCUCAGUCAUAACCUACUUGCAUGGCUGCUGUAAAAGCUGUAAAGAAGACGUGAAAUCUUGCCAGAAGGUGGUUGUUCGGAUGACGAUACGGAAGAAUGACUGCAGGAGUAACAGACCUGUGAACAUAGUCUCCUGUGAUGGGAAGUGCCCCUCCGCCAGUAUUUACAACUACAGCAUUAACACGCACGCCAGGUUCUGCAAGUGCUGCCGGGAAAUUGGGCUGCAGAAGCGCACAGUACAGCUUUACUGCAGCGGCAACUCCACCUGGGUCAAUUACACCAUCCAGGAACCGACAGAGUGUUCCUGUCAGUGGUCCUAAACAUGGCCAGUAAGACACCGAGUGGGGAAUAAUUCAAAGCCUUAUCACUUCACAAUACAUCUGGAAACGCUUCACAGAACGUUUUGUAAAGUGGAUUUGGACUCCUG